GAGAGAGAGAAAGAGAGAGAGAGACACUCAAGCUGGCAGGAUGAUCAAGAGGGAGCUCUCUUCCUGGGAGCACACAGUCCGCAGAAACACUGAAACAGUGCGGAGCGAAGGAGAGAAGCUCAUCCAGAUCGAUACCAGACGCACGCUUGGAUUUUUUUUCUUCUAGGGAGUUUCUUACUUUUUUUUUUUUUUUUUAACUAAAGAAAAGCGACAUUACAAUUGCAUCUCGUGGUUUAUUUUCCUACAUUUGGAAUAUUGUUCUGGAUUAAAUACGAGCAUUCUCGACGCGCAGAAACCUUAUUCAGAAGUUAAAAGGGAUUAUUUCUUCUCAGCGCGCUAGUUUGGGGGGUGAUUUUCACAAUAAAAGAAGAAGAAAAAGAAACCUGCCAGGUCGAGUUUGUCUAAGAGCUUUUUUCCAACUCUGCUGUCCCAGAAAUGGUGGGGCACCUACAUUUACAAGCGAUGGAUGAGAGCCUCAAAGGAAAGAACCGUGAAGGGCUGCUCGACAGUCCGGACUCGGGCUUGCCCCCCAGUCCUAGUCCGCCCUUCUGCUCGCUGUCUCCGGCUCUGAUCGAGUCGCGCUCCGGCGGCUGCGCGACGCCCGUCGACAGCAAUCACGGAUGUUACAGAAAGGAGAGCAGAGAAGGCAAGCUGCUGCCCUACCUGCUGCUGAACUGUGCAGGAACAGACCCGAAGUCUCGCAUGCACCCGGUGUUCUACGGAGAGAGCAUCGAGGUCAACACCAAACCGGAGCAGGAAAUCAAGUGCACAUCUGCAGUCAAGUACGACUCCGACAAGCACUACCGAGACCGGGUGGUGUGCGCCCCGGUUCCCCUGCCCACUUCCUUCAGCGAGACGGUGGUGGCGGUGCAGAACUGCACUUGGAGAAGCUACAAGACGCAGGUGUACCUGGAGCCGCGGCAGAAGCCCGUCAGCUACCAGAGCACCACCAUCAUCUACCCGAAACACGCCAAGAACACUUACCGCACCACCCUCAACUACAACCCCACGGGCGCCCGCCGCUGGUUCGUGUCCACGGUGCAGCUGGAGUCCACCGAGGACACGAGCCCCUGCGUCAUCUACACAGAGGACCUGUAGGGCUACAUGGCGCCAUCAAGGGACCUCAUUUGAACUUUUUCCUUUAAAAAAAGAAAAAAAAUAGUGUGUUUUUCUCACCAUAAGGAAUUUGGACAGAUCCACACCGAAAGAGAAGCGCCUGGAGUUUCAAACCCCCGCUCUUAAUCUGGGAGUUAGAGUAUUUUUGAUUUUCUGCUGUGGCGGUCUUGAAUGGGGCCUUUGGUGCUCCGCAGCUGCCCUGCAGUGGCUAAUGUCUUAUUUAGCAUGAGAGCUAACAAGCUCAGGGCCUGUACUCCCCCUUUUGGUGGGACUGGUGCCUCGGUGACGGUGACCUUCAGAUUCCUAGUGUCUGUAUAUAGAGGAAAGGGAAGAAAAUAAAAGUAAAAAUUAUCGACAUGUGCUGUGGAUUUUACCCAGUCACACUGAUGCAAAGUGUUCUGAAUAUGGCUCUAUUGCACUUGUUUUCUACAUGUCGCAGUUCCCUCAGAGGACCUGGCAAAGUAGUGGGGAAUUUCUGUGCUGCCUCUGAAAAGUGGACCAAAAAUAGUUUAUUUUCUUUGAGUAACUCCAUACGCUGGAGACCAGAAACUCCAAAAGUGACUCUGAGCAGCAUCUCUCCUCAUCAGCCGUGGUUAGACUGAGGAGGUGAUCUGAAAACCACCCCAGAUAAUCACCAGCUCAGCUUACUCUUUUCAACUUGGUAGACAGGAUGCUAUCAUGUUGGCGCUGAAGGGCUGCGAUAAAAACGGUGGCCACAGAAAUAAGGCUGACUUACUUUUAUUUAUUAAAAUGUAGAAACUAGAAUUACUUGGGACUGUGUGGCUGUAAGACUACAUUGUCUGAACUUAAGGGAAAAGUGGAGGGAGGGUGAGCUUAUUUCACACAGGAAAUAAAAGCUAAAGACAAGGGAGCAAAUUUAUUUAGUAGGAAUCCAGAACAGUUGGGCACAGAGGCUAGCAGCUAGUUUGAGAGGAGCUGAGACCAAAGCUAAUUUCUUCCAUUUUAAAACAGAUUCGACAACAAAUCAUAGCGGCUAAUGCAAAAGCUAAUUUAUAACCUAUUUAAGUCAUGUCACAUUUGAAUCGGACGCUUAUUUACAUCAAUGAUUGUUCGGUCGGUGGAAGUGCAACACCGAUAAGCUUCCUGUGGAAAACAGAUCUGAGUGGAACAUGACUCAUCUUUAGUAAUAACACUAAAUUUACACCAACUUAAACGCUAAUUUAGUGAUCUUGACUCUGCUUUAUUUUUUGUGCCGUGCAGUUAUUCUGACUUGAACAUGUUCUCUGCUCAGUACUUGUUUCAGACAGGAAGGUCACUGGUAACGGACCGCCUCCAACGAGCCUCACCAUGUAAAUAACCAACCAACCUAGUCGGGACAAUGUUGUUGUUAGCUUCGGCCUCCAAGACCAACUAGUCUAAGAGUAUACUAAAUAAAGACAC